UAUUUAAAUGCAACUGCAAAUGUUACAUCUGCGACUUCAAGUAACAGCUUGUGGAUUUUGUUAACAGUGGCACUGGCACACAACAUCAUGGAAACUGCGGCAGAGGUUGUUUCAUCUCAUUGUCUUGUUCUAUCAGACUUCUCUGAAUCCAGCCCCACACAUCUUUCUGCUAUGGAACUUGGGAUUCAGAAUUUUGGCUGCGCGCAUUACAGGAGGAGAUGCAAGAUCAGGGCACCGUGUUGUGAUGAGGUUUUUGAUUGUAGGCAUUGCCACAACGAAGCUAAGAAUUCCGAGGAGCUUGAUGCUGUGGAUCGUCAUGAUAUUCCACGCCAUGAAAUUAAGAAGGUUAUCUGCUCCUUAUGUGAUACAGAACAAGAGGUUCAACAGUACUGUGUAAACUGUGGAGUAUGCAUGGGCAAGUACUUUUGUGCUAUAUGCAAAUUCUUUGAUGAUGAUAUUUCAAAGAAUCAAUACCACUGUGACGAAUGUGGCAUCUGCAGAACUGGAGGCAAGGAUAACUUUUUCCAUUGCAAGAGAUGUAGAUGUUGCUACUCAAAGGUGAUGGAAAAGGGACAUCGUUGUGUAGAAGGAGCAAUGCAUCACAAUUGCCCUGUUUGCUUUGAGUAUCUAUUUGAUACAGUAAGAGAUAUCACUGUCCUACCUUGCGGCCAUACUAUACAUUUAGAUUGUGUGAAAGAGAUGGAAAAACAUCAUAGGUACUCGUGUCCUGUUUGCUCAAAAUCCAUUUGUGACAUGACAAGUAUGUGGAAGAAGCUUGACGAAGUGAUUGCCUCAACUCCAAUGCCUGAAACUUACAAAAACAAGAUGGUGUGGAUACUUUGCAAUGAUUGUGGAGUAAACUCUAAUGUACAUUUCCAUAUUGUGGCUCAUAAGUGCUUAAGUUGCAACUCAUACAACACAAGACAGAUACAAGGAAUACCUGCUACAUCACGCUCGUCUAGGGUGACUGAAAUGGUGAGAUGAAGAUUGUGUUGCAUAAGGGUCUCUUCAGUCUUCACUAAGCCUUAUUUAUUCUCUAGAAUGGAAAACAGCUCUUGCUGAGUGGAGUUUCUCAGUUUCUCUAUUUCUAGCUGGUCGAAUUCUUGUGCUGCUAGUGGAAGAAGGUUGAAAGCUUGUCCUUUUUUACCCGCGCAUUGUCCUUUUUUAUCUGCUAGUGAUAAUGCAAAAUUAUAAAGAAAAUGUCAACCAGCAUGAUGUUUUGAAUUUUAAAAAUUUAUGCACAGAACGUCAAAUAAUUUGAUGUUUUCAAGUUGUUUGUAUCCAUGUAUUGAACGCGCGUCAUAUAGUGUGACGUUUUCUCCACUCUCUAUAAUUUUACGUAUCUAAAAUAAUUUAUUUUAAUAAAAUAUUUUUUAAUUAAUUUA